AUGCCAGCCCGUCUUCCUGUUUACUCACGCCACUUCUCAGUUGACGUCUUGUUCUGUCAUUUUCUCUCUGCGGUUGACACUACCAGGUCAUUUGUCUUAUUCAAAAAUUUGUCUCAGUGCGGUUCGGCCUCGCUGGAGAAGUUACUUCUCUUCCUCGAGACGGCGAGUAAUCAAGUUCAUCCUCAACCGAAAGAUUACUGGGGUCACGUUAACCCGAUAGGCCCUCAUGCCUGCUAUGAUGAGGGAAAACAUGUUGCGGAAACUCUCACAUAUGGCUUCAAUCAUCAGGAUGGUGUGGAUGUUUGGGUUGCACAUAUCUUUAACACUUACGUAAACCCUCAUGAUGCCUGUGUGGUGUCCAACUUCAUCGUCCAAGUCCUGUGCAGCAAGGAUAUGACUGUUUAUGGUGAUGGCACGCAGACUCAUUCCUUCCAUUCUGGCUGUUGUAUUGUUGAACUCGACAUCCAUGACGAGGCUGCGCUUAUGCCGCUUUACAAAGUGUUUGCAGCAGUGCACUCUGAUUUGUCAAUGGUGCAAGAGCUCUCGCUGUUUGUAGGGGACUGGGAUGAUGAGCUUAUGCUGGUCAUCGUCGUACAUUUUCCUAGGGGGAGGGCCAAGCAAGGACACCAUCAUUGGGAUGGGUUCUUGUACACCACACCUGGUAUCCAUACACAUCUUCUGCCACGUGAUAUCUUGCAUUGUCCUAUGGCUGCUCUGUAUGAUCAACCAGUUGAAUUUAACCGUAUUGCUCAUCUCACUCUCACAAAUUUCAAGACAUCAAAUUGA